AUGAAACAGACAUUACUGGAUCUGAUGAGGAUGAGCAGGAUUUGUCGGAUGGUGUUGGCUACUUGUUUGGGAUCUUUUAUUCUGGUCAUCUUUUAUUUCCAAAGUAUGUUCCAACCAGUAAUGAGGAGGAACCCGUUUGUGGCAGAGGGCUGCUGUCGAAAAGGUUCCAGAAACGCCCUACAAGAACUGUACAACCCCACACAGCCGGAGUUUUCGGGGACAGCCGUGGUGCAGGAGGCUCGUCGCAACCGGGUGGCAGAGACGUGCCGAGCUCAGAGCGCGUCCAGCCGCAAACGCCGCGUCCUCACGCCCUCCGACCUCAAACAUCUGGUGGUGGACGACGAUCACGAGUUGAUCUACUGCUAUGUGCCCAAAGUGGCCUGCACCAACUGGAAACGGGUCAUGAUGGUACUGAGCGGGCGUGGUCGCUACGCCCACCCCAUGGACAUCCCGUCCAACGAGGCUCACGUUCCCGCCAACCUGAAGACGCUCAACCAGUACAGCAUCGCGGACAUCAACUACCGCCUGAAGAGCUACCUCAAGUUCCUUUUCGUGCGCGAGCCCUUCGAACGCCUCGUCUCGGCCUACCGCAACAAGUUCACGCUUCGUUACAACACGUCCUUUCACAAGCGCUACGGAACGCGAAUCGUACGACGCUACCGCAGGAACGCCACGGCCGAGGCUUUGCAGAGCGGGGCCGACGUCACGUUCCGCGAGUUCGCCGAGUAUAUCACCGACCCAGCCACGCAGCGCGAGGGCCCGCUCAACGAGCACUGGCAGACGGUCUACUCCCUCUGCCACCCGUGCCACGUCCACUACGACCUGGUGGGCAAGUACGAGACCCUGGAAGAGGACGCCGGCCUGGUGCUGAGGCUCGCGGGUGUGGCUGACACGCUUAGCUUCCCUUCCUAUGCCAAAUCCACGCGCACCACCGAUCAGAUGACAGCCAUGUUCUUCAACAACAUUAGCGCCCAACAGCAGAACCAACUGUAUCAGCUCUACAAACUGGACUUCCUCAUGUUUAACUAUUCUACGCCCAGCUACCUGAAACUGCAUUAG